UGGGGCCCUGCUACCCGCCCCCUCCACGGCCAGAUCCGCUCCGGGACGGGUGCCCGCAUCGGUGAGCCACCCCCCACCCCGGGCGCAGGGACAGGCACUGCAGCUCUAGAGGCCCAGCCUCGCAGGUCGGCCCCGGCCACGGUCUAUCCAGCCCAGGAUGCCCGGGCGAAAACACCGGCCUCCCGCGCACGAUCGCGGGUCCGGGUCCUCUACGUCCCGCCAGGGACCGCCCAUGCGUCCCAACGACCCGGCCCCGCCCGCCACGCUGCGGCCAAUCCCACUCGCCCGCCGGACCACGAGCCCAGCCAAUGGCCGCCAUCCCCAUCCGCAGCCAAUCAGAGGAUGAGCCCCGCUCUGCCCGGCCAAUGCGGAGGCAGCCAGGGCCCCGCGGGUGGGACCCUCGGAGGCCUUUAGGACCCCGGGGGUGCCCGGCGGGCCGCCCGGUCGCCCAAACUAGUCCCGCGGACCUGGCGUCCGGGCGCGGGUCAUGGACCCGGGACAAGCCAGCCGCCGCGAGGUCUCCGGGGUCGCCUCGCCCGCGCCACCGCCGUUCGUGCGCGUCGCCCCCUCGCUGUUCCUCGGGGCUGCGCGCACCGCGGCCGCGCCGGAGCUGCUGGCGCGCGCGGGAGUCACCCUGUGCGUCAACGUCUCGCGCCAGCAGCCCGGCCCGUGCACGCCCGGCGUGGCCGAGCUGCGCGUGCCCGUGUUCGACGACCCGGCCGAGGACCUGCUGGCGCACCUGGAGCCCACCUGCGCCGCCAUGGAGGCUGCAGUGCGCGCCGGCGGUGCCUGCCUCGUCUACUGCAAGAACGGCCGCAGCCGCUCGGCCGCCGUCUGCACCGCCUACCUCAUGCGGCACCGCGGCCUCAGCCUGGCGCGGGCCUUCCAGCUGCAGAAGUACGAGGAGGCCCUGCAGUCCCUGCCCUGCCUGUCCGGGGAGCCCUCGGGACCGUGCUCCGGAACUAGAGGAGAUGAGCUCCAGAAUGAGCCCUAGUCCUUCAGCCCUUGGAGAGCACCCAGCCCCCGAUGCAGGGUGCAUGGAGUUGGAGGCAGCUGAAGCGCUGACUGGAGGGGGUCUUUCUCCUCCUUCCUUACUGUCGCACAGUUUUCAUUUUCCGAUUCUUCCUGAAAUGCUGCGCGUUUCUGUCCCGUUUGACAGUACGGCGGGAGUGUAUCCACUUGAAGAGGGGACUGGAAGCGUCCCUUCCUUGGUCAGCAGGUUUACCAGAGAGGCCUUGGUCAGGAAAAUCCAAACCACGUGAGGAAUUUUAGGCAGAAAGGUAUUUAAUACAGAAGGCAAGGCCAGGGAGCCAAAAUCAGGAGAUGGGAAAGUAUGGGAGUCACGGAGAGCCCCCACCCCAGUCCUGGCCGCCUGCCACUCUGAUGUUGGCACCUCCUGGAGGACACCAGCAAUGCUGGCAAAGCCUUGUGCCUGCCACUGUUGGAGCCACAGGGCUUUUCCCAGACCUCACACUGGUCUCAUCUCACAGUCUGGCGCAGAAUCCAGACCUGUAACUGCUGCAGCACAGGCCGGGAUGUGAGGCUGCCUGACCACAGCCUAGCGCCUGUGCCCACCUCCGACCUUACUGACCUCCCAGUUUCCACAACAGCACUGAGCCCCGGCCUCACAUCCCACAGCCACCCUCGUGUCAAAGAUGCACUCACCACCUAUGUGUCUGAGCACGUCAGUUCCUCUCUUGGUUCAGGCACACCUCACCUGGAUCCUAUGGUCUAAAGACUAUACCAGAAAAUUAAUCACUAUCAACACCUCUAAAAUCAGAUAGCAGGAGGGGAAAAGGGGGGAAACUGGCUUAUAAUAUAAAUUACAGACAAUACAGCCCCCGGUUAAUAUAUGCCACUAUAUACAUAUCAAGGUAAUUAAUAAAAUAUCAUAAUUAGUGUUUAAUAUUUCCCCUCCCCA